GGAGAAGAGGCGCCCCCGGUGAAGAUAGCAGCCCGGACCACCUCCUCACCGGACCACCUCCUUACCGGACAGCCCUGCAGGACCGGACCAGCGCCGAGCGGAGGUGGAGAAUGAACCUGUGAGGAGUGACCAUCAAGGGAGAUUUGAAUGGACUGGAAUGGGUAGGCCGACCAGUAGACGUUGUCUCUCAAGAUCUACAGACAGUGUCCUUUUCAAGACCGUUCUUCUACUAAUCUUCUGGAAACAAGUGGAGGCCCAGUGUAAAAUUGUAAAAUGUAACACAGACUAUGUUGCUGCUAUAUCGAACCCAAGGAACUCCAACAAGAAUGCUGUAUUCUGCAACGCCUUACGAGCAUAUUCUCAGUGCACUCGUAACACAGCCCGUACUUGCCGCGGAGACCUGGUGUACCAUUCUGCCGUUCACAUCAUUGAGGAUCGUAUGAUUCAGCACAACUGUUCCAAGGUGGGGCCCACCACUCCUCCUAAACGGCAACCACCACAACCUCUUCCUGAUAGUCAUGUGAAACAGGCCUGUGAUUAUGACAAGGUCUACCAUGAAAAACAUGCAACUGAUCCCAAAUAUCUACACUGUGGGGUAUUUGGGGACCCCCAUGUGCGAACAUUCAGUGGUGACUUUCAAACAUGUAAAGUGAAUGGCUCGUGGCCUCUUCUAGACAAUGAAUAUCUAUUUGUCCAAGCAACCAGCACCCCGCUCCACCCUUCCUCAAAUGCUACAAUUAUCAGCAAGCUAACUAUAAUCUUCAAAAACAUGAAGCAAUGCAUUGACCAGAAAGUGUACCAGGCAGAAGUGGGCAAUGUUCCAGCAGCUUUCGAUGAUGGCUCGGUCAAUGGCGGCAGAAGAGCAGGUGGCAGCAGUCUCACCAUUCAUGAGAAGGAGCCUGGGAAGUACAUAGAGAUCCACGCUGCUUAUAUAGGCACUACAAUCCGGGUGCGCCAGCUGGGCAGGCAGCUGUCAUUCUCCUUACGAAUGGCUGAGGAGAUCUCCCAAGCUUUCCGGGAAGAGCAGGACUUGCAGCUCUGUGUAGGUGGCUGCCCAUCCAGCCAAAUGAUCUCUAGGACUAAACACCCUAGUAGGACUCAUUCGCUGAGCAUGGAGAGCGCUCGGUCACUGUGCAGGGAGAGACUGGCUAUAGAAGACAUGUAUUUUGAGUCCUGUGUAUUUGACUUGAUGGUGUCAGGGAACGUGAAUUUAACAGACGCAGCUUUUCACGCCUUGGAAGAUGCUCGAGAUUUUCACCCUGAACCGGGAACAUUACAUAUAUUUAGCAGAGCAGAGAAAAGACCGGUUUUAUCGCUUAGUCUGUUACUUGUGCUUGUUCUUAUUUGGAAUAUAGAUCACUGUGCUUGA